UGUCAAAUCUUGGUUGACGUUUGUGUACCCAACUUCACUGGAAUUUGUGUUCUACGUAUUAAAUCUUGUGUAUUAGGUUAUGCUAUAAAUGUAUACCUAUACUUUUCAACUAUUGUUGUUUAAAUCUGCAUGAUUAACUAAUUAAUAAAAAUGAGCAACGAUGUUGAACUGUUUAUUAGACAAAAUACUGCAUGGCAAAAACUCCCAUCAAACAUUAAACAGAGUUUAGGAAAUUCUCAAAAGGAGUAUGAAAAAUACAUUGUUAACUUCAGUGUGAAAAAUCAGCUGCGGUACAGAGGAAAUUUAGUGCGUCAGAUCCGUAAGGACGAACGCCGCUAUUAUGAAGAGGUGCUGGCAUACUCACGGUCCAGUCUACUGCUGUAUCCUUAUCAUCUGAGUGACAUCAUGGUGGAGGGGCUACGGGUCACACCCUUCCAGUACUACACUAGUGUGUUGGAGUCCAUUAUGGACCAAGAGAGAAGUUAUGAUUCACUACCCAACUUUACAGCGGCUGACUGUUUAAGACUUCUGGGUAUUGGUCGUAAUGAGUAUAUAGAUUUGAUGAACCAAUGCAGAAGUGGCCGAAAGUUGUUCAGAAGAAAAAAUGUUAAGGAUUUACUUCCAUCAAAACCUGUUGACAUCAACAUUGAACCCUGGUGGACAGUAGCUGCUGGAUGUAUAGUGGAAGAGGAUAUUAAGCUGGUGUCUGAACAAGAAAAAGAACUUAUUGAUCGAAUCAUAGAUCAUGGAAAACAAAGAGCUGGUGGCCUUGAUAAACAAUUGAUCCAUUCACUUUACAAGAAAGGUCUUAUUUAUCUGGAAGUGCCCAUUGAAGAUUCAAACUAUAUUGUAGUUCCACCUUUGGAAGGUUUUGUCAUGAAUCGUGUAUUGGGAGAUUACUUUGAGACAUUGCUGUACAAGAUAUUUGUUUCCAUUGAUGAACACACAAGUGUUGGUGAGUUGGCCAGUGUUCUACAAAUAGAUGCUCAGUCUGUGAAGAAUGCUGUCUCUCUCUACUGUCGACUUGGGUUUGCUCGUAAGAAGUGUACAGAUGCUGAAGACUGCCAUCCCUCUUGGAAACCUUCACGCAAUAAACUACUGAGUAUGAGUCCUGAAGGGGCAGAUCCUUGCCUGUUGGACCUGAGUGAUGCACUGGCUGAAAUUGGAGCUGAAGAGGAAAAGCCAGCAGCAUUGAUUGAUCUGGAUGAACAAGAUACCCCUAAGACCAAGAGGAUAUGUUUUCUCUUUGAUUCUACACUGACUGCCUUCCUAAUGAUGGGAAAUCUUUCACCGGGACUGAAGAGCCAUGCUGUCACAAUGUUUGAGGUUGGGAAGCUUUUGGAUGAAUCAAUUGAUGGUUUUCUCAAUGAAUUAGAAAAGGUGAGUACAGCAAGAGAUGACAGUGAGGGAGAGGCUCGCCGAUACUUUGAGCAUGCCUUGAUUCUCCGUGCCACAAUCCUGGCUCUGCGACACAGUACCAGCCUACACGCUGGACUUGACCUGGUGCGUUGUGAAAGUCUCUAUCCUCUGGAGCCGGACACUCUCUCACGCCUGCUUGCAAAGAACUACUCGUUACUAGUGUCCAUGGCACCUCUGAGUAAAGAGAUUCAUCCAAUCACAAGCAAGUAUCCUCCUCACCUGGGACCUGCCACUCCAGAGGUCAACAGCAUAUGGUUCAAGAUGUUCCUGUAUCACAUCACAAAAGAUGGCCCACCUUCUAUCCUUCUGACUAGAGGUACCAGGCUGCGGAAACUCCCGUCCUUGCUGCGUAAAUGUGAUAAGGUUCUUGUAACUUCAUGGGGCCAUGAUCCUGCAGUUGUUCCUCUGACAAAUCUUUUAUUUGCUUUGAAUGACGCCCUUACAUAUUCUCCAGUUUUAGCUCAGGCUUAUGGUGUAGAUAAAGGAGCUGAGACUCGACUGGUUCCAUUUCCUUUCAAACCGAAGCAUGCAGAUGAUAUCUCAAACAAUAAAGGAUUAGACUGGAGCCAACACAGCGGAUUGGCAGCACUGCAGGAAGAGUUAGACCUGGAACACACAUGUGGCUAUGUAACGGUGGCACUACUGAGGCCUCCCACUACAACACUCAAAAUGGAGCUACACCAUACUCCACCUACCCCCACCUCCAAUGUCGACAAGUGUCCAGGGGUUGGAGAUGGAUUCAGUCCAGAGCGGCCUAGGAAUGGAUUCCACAGCAAAGAGUGUGCGGAAAUAUUGAAACAAGAAUUGGACAACUUGUCAACGCCCAAUGGUUCCAUCUCUAGUUCACCAAAUAAGAGUGAAGAUAUGGAACAAAGAUCUCCUAAAACUACUAAUCAGAUUGAUUGUGAUGUGUCUGGCUGGACCAUAUUGGACUGCUGUUUUGGAGUGCCUUUGUUUGAAGCGGAAGUGAACCGUAGUAUAUGUGCUUCUAUCGUUGAUACUUUGUCUGGACAAGAAAGCUUAGAAAUGUUAUCUCAAUCAAAUGAGAAGCUGGGUGCCAGACUGAAGCAAUUCAUCUCUUACUUCCAUGACCUUAACAAGAGCCUAAAUAUCUCAAUGGAGAAAGAAGUGGUGCCAUGGCCUAAAUCUAAUCUGGUCUUCUGUAAUGGUAAACUGAGGGAGUGGGACGGCAAGUAACUUUCUCACACGCCAACAACAGACCUCAUACAUUCAAUAUAUUGUGAUACAUUUACUGUACAUAAUAGUUUAUUGUUUACUCUAGUUGUUUUACCUUUGGCUGUAAAUGUUCAUAAUGUAUAUUUUUAUAAAUAAUUUGGUAUGGAGUUUUAUGCUACAAUGCGCUGUAAUGUACAAUUGUUUCUGGUUCAUUUUAAAAUCUAAAAGCAAUUAUUGUAGCUUUAUAAAAUUAAAAAUCAGCUCUGUUAACUUAAAGUCCCAUCUGUCAUUCUUGUCAUGUGGCUAAAAUGACCAGAAAUUUCAAGAUUUAUUUUUUUAAACCAACUGUUGUGUGUAAAAUUUAUGUGUUAUAUUUUUAAGUUUUUAAAUUGCUGUGAAUAAAUAAGACAACACAUUUCUUGUGAAAUAAUCCAAACAGAGACCUAUUACAUGUAAAAUACAAACUAAAAAUAUAAAGUUAUUUUAUUACAGA